CCUUCCCUUCCCUUCUCUGCAUGCUGACCAUGAACAAGCAAGAAGAUAUCUUCACCAGAAACUAUCUGCUUCCUAACUUCACUGAUGGCUUCUUCUUGCAUGAGAAUUCUAGCAGUGAUUAUGCUCUCGGGGGAGUGGAGGAGGAUCAUAAGAAGAAAAUAAUUGAAGAGGGAAGAAAGGAGAGGGAAGGAAAUAUGAUUCUGAGCGUUGGGGGGAAGAAGAAGAAGAAAGGGGAAAAGAAGGUGAAGCGGCCGAGGUUUGCUUUUCAGACCAGGAGUCAGGUUGAUAUUCUCGACGAUGGUUACCGUUGGAGGAAGUAUGGCCAGAAAGCCGUAAAAAAUAAUAAGUUUCCCAGAAGUUAUUACCGUUGCACGCACCAAGGAUGCAGUGUGAAGAAACAAGUUCAGAGACUAUCAAAAGAUGAAGGAAUUGUGGUUACGACAUAUGAGGGGAUGCAUACACAUCCUACUGAGAAAAACUCCGAUAACUUUGAGCAGAUUUUGAGCCAAAUGAAAAUCUACUCUAGACCUUGA